AUGGACAACAAGGUUAUCCCAUCUUCCAGCAGCGAUGAUAGUAGCGACGACAGCGACCAAGCCACAACCACAGCCACAGCCCGAGCCCGGGAUGAAGCCCAAGCCGACAGCCCAUACCGCGGCGGCUACCUGGAAGGGCUACUGCGGCGACUUCGAAUUACGGAAUAUCGGCCCGUCGGGUUAUUAGAGGGCCUGGAGCGGCGGUUACAGGUUCAAAUCGUAGCGCAGCAGGUCAUGCAUGGUGUGGGUGUUGUCAUUCGUUUUGCUUGCUCGCCCUGUGGUGUUGGUUUCGAAUUGAUUGGUGUCGAGUUUGCUUGGUAUCGUAAUAGCAUUGUGAGUGGCCAAUGGGAAGCCCAGACAAUGGAGGACAUCCAUUUGCUCCGCAUCCUCUGGAUCUUUGUAUCCUCGUUUGGACCUAUGCCGUGGUUUCGAACACAUGCACAAACAUCGUCAGCACCACAGCCGAUAAGACAGCGAUCCCAGCCGCUGCCUCCAGUGAGAUUAGAAGUUGGAGGUAUUGAAGCAAAGUGA